UAACGCGUUUUCUACGUUUAUUCUGUCCGAUAUUUUUUGGAUUCAUAUUAUAAAGAAGUUUUAGCUUGUUAAAGUGUUAAUAAAUUGUGAUAUGGAGACUGGCCCGGGAACCAGCUGCAAAACAAUGAAUGACGAGAGUCAAGAGGAAGUCGGCAUGCAACAAGAAUCUAGCGGCGAAGCCUCGUCGACUGACGAAUUGGCUCCUCUAACUGAUAAUACAAGCAGAUAUUAUGAAGAAGUUAUGACGGAGUUACUUUCAGAAAACAUGUACAAUCUAUCGGUGGAGUCAGAUUUAGAAGAUGACGACUGGGAUUUGAACCCAUAUGCCUCUUCUCGUGGACCACCAAUUCCAUUUGUGAUCAACGACUAUCUAGGAGAUGAUGUCGAAGAAAUUGAUAUCGACUAUAAGAUAAGCAAAAUUGAAGACUUGGAACAAAUGACCGUGAAUAGUCCUCGCUGGUAUGCUCUUGUCAGGUCACACUUGACUGAAGAAGAACGAGAGGAAUUGUGGAAAAGAACUCCUUGGGCAAUAAAAUUUUAUUGGGAUGAUUCUGAUGACGCUGAUGACGCUGACGUUGAUGACAUUGGUCCUGCUGCUCGGCCGUUAUUUAAGGAUCCGAGCUAUAUCGAACUUUAAGAGUUUUUGCAAGCACAUAACUUAAAAUCAUAUUAUUUUGUAUUUUCAUAUAAACAUUUCAUUUUUCUAAAUCUGUUGUGUAGUGUACACAGUUGGUAGCUUUCAAGUAUGGUGAUUAGAGUCGGGCGAAUUGAAGUGUUGUAUAUGCUUAGAUUUAGUCUUUUUAAUAAUAUAUAACGUUUAUGAAACGUGUCAAUGAAAUUUUGUCAGAUCAACUGGCGUUUUUCAUUUAUUAAAAAUAUAUAAAUUGUAUAUGUACACUGGGCUUAGAAAACCAGUUAAUCAUAGUAAUUAUGGUAAUAUUAAUGAGUAGACUUUUUGUUAAGCAUGAGAUGUCUUCGUUAAUAUAUAAAUAGAACAAGUCUGAUAUUCCUAUGAAAAUCAUCGAAGGCUCUACAAUAAUGAUAAAUUAAAUAUUAAUUUUAUUUCAUAUUUUCAUUUGAUUUAUUUAAAAAAAUAUUUUAUUAAAAUUAAAAUUAAUGUUAUAAUAAAUAACGAUCGUAGUUAAAUAUUGAUACCUAAAUAUGAGGUUUCUUCUAGAGAUAACUCACAGUAUGAGUUCUGAGCUUAUCAUUUUGAAUUGUAAGCAUUUUAUUAAGUUCGGGUAAACGUAGUCGAGAUAUUGUUUUAUAGAUAUAAGUAAAAGAUGAUAAGCUCUCAGGAAUAUGCGGAAUAGAAUUUGGAAGAUCAAAUAUGGUGACUGUAUGUGUAGUCUACAUUAGUAAAUUAUUAUUAUUAAUGACAAGAAUAGGAAGAUGAUUUAUAAUGAAAGUAGUGUGUAAAUAAGAAUAUAUGUAAUCCUUAAAAAUUAAA